AGUGCUGAAUAAUUUUUUGUACGGGCUGCGAAACCUACUCUGAUCAACGUCCCAUAAGGUUUCGGCGUCUCAACAAUCCCCCCGCCGGACAAUGGACGAGGAGGUGGAUUCGGGACUGCUCAACAUCUCCAUCUCCGAUUCGGACGAUGCUUCGGGCUCGGAGGCCAGGGGUGCCGCAGUGUCGAGGGCGGAGCGGAACGCGCAAUCAGAGGCCGCCUUUCAGCAGGUGAAGAGUGAAUACCGGCCCAAGAUCGAGAACGGCGAGAUCUGGAAGACGAUUCGACUCCCGCUGGGCUCCUCGCUCGCCAAGUCGCAGGUCCAGCAAGUGCUCCACGCAGUCGAGGAGCUCUACUUCUUCCGCAGGUAUGACGACGCCGUGAGCUUCGUUCGGUCGGUUCUCAGCGAGGAAGGAGACCCGGAGGGUGGCCUGGACGAUGAGGCGAAGGAGCUGCUUCGAUACUACGAGGUCAAGUGCAUGGAGAAGGCGAAGACGGGGUCGGGGGUGUAGCAGCGAGCGAUAACCCGCGUGCCAGAGCCCAUUUAGGUACUCGGCCAAGCAAAUCCGAUAGGGAACAGUUAUGGACUAAUCCAAAACUCCCCGUCACUUCAUAAGUCACUUCACAAUUGCAGAUGGGAGAUAUAUUUGAAGUCAGAGAGGAUAUGGUUCUCUUGUCCAAAAAAAAGUCUACGCGUCUAUCUUCCAAGUUGUCGAGUCUGACAGCAUCAAUCGUAGCUGUUGAGCAGCCUCGUGCGCUAAAAAUACAGACACAAUAGUUUAGGGGGGUUCUCCAGAAC